AGACAACAUUAAAAGACGAACGGAUUACAUUAAUUAUGUAGUGUUUGGUCUGGGUUGGUUGGUCAACAGCCCUAGCUUAAACUAAGUUGGAAAGAUAUUGAAGCUUAUCACGUGCCCUUCCUCUUCUUGUUUCAUUCUCCAUUGAGGCGGCUACUUCGCAUUUUCCAUUUCUCCAUUGAAGCUUUUUCUCUUCUAUUCAACCUUAGGAAGAAACUAUGAAAAUGGAUGUUUUCUCUCUGCGCUCAGCGCCGCCGCCCUUGUUGCCCUGGCUCAAAGAUGGGUCUGAAAUGGUGAAAUCAAAAAAGAUAGUUUCAGUCAUGGCUCCUCAACAGACUCAGAGAAAUCCUUCUGAAACUGGCUCGGUGAAACAUGGGAUGACAAUGACUGAGAAGAUAUUGGCUAGGUCUUCUGAGAGAUCUCAGCUAACCCCAGGUGAUAAUGUGUGGGUUAAUGUUGAUAUUUUGAUGACCCAUGAUGUUUGUGGACCUGGCUCCUUUGGUAUCUUCAAGAAGGAAUUUGGAAAGAAUGCCAAGGUAUGGGACCGUGAAAAGGUUGUAAUUAUUCCCGACCACUAUAUUUUUACAAGCGAUGAACGGGCCAACCGGAAUGUUGAUAUCUUGAGAGACUUUGUGAAGGAGCAAAAUAUCAAAUAUUUUUAUGAUAUAACUGAUCUUUCAGACUUUAAGGUUAAUCCUGACUACAAAGGUGUAUGCCAUGUAGCUCUUGCACAAGAGGGUCAUUGCAGACCUGGAGAGGUCUUGUUAGGGACCGACUCUCAUACAUGUAAUGCUGGAGCAUUUGGUCAAUUUGCCACUGGAAUAGGCAAUACUGAUGCUGGUUUUGUUUUGGGCACUGGUAAAAUACUAUUAAAGGUUCCACCAACUCUUAGAUUUGUAAUGGAUGGAGAAAUGCCUGAUUAUCUGCUUGCAAAGGAUUUGAUCCUGCAAAUCAUUGGUGAAAUAUCAGUGGCGGGUGCAACUUACAAAUCAAUGGAAUUUGUUGGAUCCACUGUUGAAAGUUUGAGUAUGGAGGAAAGAAUGACCCUUUGCAAUAUGGUUGUUGAAGCAGGCGGAAAGAAUGGGGUUGUUCCUUUUGAUGAUACUACACGCAAAUAUCUCGAGGGCAAGACUUCUAUUCCUUACGAUCCCCUGUAUAGUGAUGAUCAAGCAAGAUUUAUGUCUGAGUACCGGUUUGACGUCUCAAAGCUAGAACCUCUUGUUGCGAAGCCUCACUCUCCAGACAACCGUGCUUUAGCGAGAGAGUGUAAAGAUGUCAAAAUUGACAGAGUAUACAUUGGUUCUUGUACCGGUGGAAAGACAGAAGAUUUUCUAGCUGCAGCCAAAGUCUUUAUGGCUUCUGGUAAGAAGGUCAAAGUCCCCACUUUCCUGGUACCUGCCACCCAGAAGGUCUGGGUGGAUGUAUACACUCUUCCUGUGCCUGGUUCCGGUGGUAAGACCUGUGCUCAGAUAUUUGAAGAAGCUGGGUGUGAUACACCAGGCAGUCCAGGUUGUGGAGCUUGCCUUGGUGGCCCUAGGGACACUUACGCACGAAUGAAUGAGGCACAGGUGUGCGUGUCAACAACAAAUAGGAACUUCCCUGGGCGAAUGGGAAACAAAGAAGGGCAGAUUUAUCUCGCGUCUCCUUACACUGCAGCUGCAUCUGCGUUGACUGGUUUUGUUACUGACCCAAGGGAGUUCCUGUAGUGUCUUUUGCUUCAUCAUUCCUACACCGUAUGUUGUGGAUUUCAUUUGUCGAAAAAUCUAUAAUAUGCAUCGUGAUGUACCCUUAAUGUAAUAAGUGUCAUGUACCGCUAUGCAUUACUAAUGACAUUAAUAUUAUGUUAAAAUUUUGCACACUUAAAUAAUUUUGGAGGUUAGUUACCGCUAUGCACUCUUAUAGGCAAUGGGAUAUACUUUUAUUUCA